UGUCGAUUGCUUGAAUAACUUGUGUAACAAGGAUAUGGAAAUACAACUUGCUGGUUGUGUCCUACUCGAGAGCACGCGUUUCCAUUGGAUUCAAAUUAGAUUUAUUAAAAUGUUGCCCUUGCGAUGGGGCAUGCUGCUUGGCGUGGUGUUGCUUGUAGCAUACACAAAUGGAGCGGCCAUUGAUCAAUCAUCUGUGGAUGAUGAUGCGGAGCUGACUCCCCUGACUGAGUUAGAGCGAACUAAAAGAAGCGGCAGAGGCUAUGUCCGAGGACAAACACAGUCUCAAUACUUAAACUUUGGCAAGCCAGAAGAGGAUGGCAAAGCUGAGGCCGAGGCCAAUGAAGGUGGCUCGCGCGCAACAGUUUCUGGUACUCAUGGCAUGGGACAAGCGCAGAGUCAAUUCUCUGCAGGAGAUUGUGGUGACUGUUCUGGAUAUCAAACGGAAUACCCAGGUGCUGGAGGUAUGGGGGGCUCUGCACUAUAUCCAAGUGGUACCAGCGUAGAUGGUGGUGCUUCUGUUAUACCCGGUCGCAUAAUUAGUCUACCAGCUGGAGCUGGAGCUACCGCAGGAGGACUUCCAGGAUAUGGAACUCAGCCGGCAGUAGGUGGACAGCCUGGAAUAGGCGGUGGUCAACCUGGAUACGGAACGCAGCCUGGAGUUGGAGGACAGCCUGGAGUAAGCGGUGGUCAGCCUGGAUACGGAACACAGCCUGGAAUUGGCGGUAGUCGACCUGGACAUGCAACACAACCCGGAAUUGGCGGUGGUCAACCUGGAUACUUAACACCUGGAGCUGGAGGACAUCCUGCAGCUGGAGGACAGCCUGGAAUUGGCGGUGGUCAACCUGGAUACGGAGCUCAGCCAGGAGCCGGAACUCAGCCUGGAGUUGGAGGUGCUCAGCCAGGAUAUUCAACACAGCCUGGAGGACGGCCUGGAGUUGGAGGACAGCCUGGAAUUGGCGGUGGUCAACCAGGAUACGGAGCACAGCCGGGAGCCGGAACUCAGCCUGGAGUUGGAGGGCAGCCUGGAUACUUAACACAGCCUGGAGCUAGCGGACAGCCUGGAAUUGGCGGUGGUCAACCUGGAUACGGAGGACAGCCUGGAGCCGGAACUCAGCCUGGAGUUGGAGGGCAGCCGGGUAUUGGCGGAGGUCAACCUGGAUAUGGAACACAGCCUGGAGUUGGAGGACAGCCUGGAAUUGGCGGUGGCCAACCUGGAUACGGAGGACAGCCUGGAGCCGGAACUCAGCAUGGAGUUGGAAGGCAGCCGGGUAUUGGCGGAGGUCAACCUGGAUAUGGAACACAGCCUGGAGUUGGAGGGCAGCCUGGAAUUGGCGGUGGCCAACCUGGAUAUGGAACACAGCCUGGAGUUGGAAGACAGCCUGGAAUUGGCGGUGGCCAACCUGGAUACGGAGGACAGCCUGGAGCCGGAACUCAGCCUGGAGUUGGAGGGCAGCCGGGUAUUGGCGGAGGUCAACCUGGAUAUGGAACACAGCCUGGAGUUGGAGGGCAGCCUGGAAUUGGCGGUGGCCAACCUGGAUAUGGAACACAGCCUGGAGUUGGAGGACAACCUGGAAUUGGCGGUGGCCAACCUGGAUAUGGAACACAGCCUGGAGUUGGAGGCGGUCAACCUGGAUACUUAACACAGCCUGGAGCUGGAGGACAGCCCUGGAUUGGCGGUGGUCAACCUGGAUACUUAACACAGCCUGGAGUUGGAGGAGCAGCAGGUCAACCUGGAUACCUGCCGGGAGGACAGCCGGGUGCCGGAACUCAGCCUGGAGUUGGAGGACAGGCUGGAAUUGGCGGUGGUCAACCUGGAUACUUAACACAGCCUGGAGCUGGAGGACAGCCUGGAAUUGGUGGUGGUCAACCUGGAUAUGGAGCACAGCCUGGAACCGGAACUCAGCCUGGAGUUGGAGGGCAGCCUGGGGUUGGCGGAGGUCAACCUGGAUAUGGAACACAGCCUGGAGUUGGAGGACAACCUGGAAUUGGCGGUGGCCAACCUGGAUAUGGAACACAGCCUGGAGUUGGAGGCGGUCAACCUGGAUACUUAACACAGCCUGGAGCUGGAGGACAGCCUGGAAUUGGCGGUGGUCAACCUGGAUACUUAACACAGCCUGGAGUUGGAGGGCAGACUCCAAUUGGCGGUAGCCAACCUGGAUAUGGAACACAGCCUGGAGUUGGAGGGCAGCCUGGAAUUGGCGGUGGUCAACCUGGAUACUUAACACAGCCUGGAGUUGGAGGACAGGCUGGAAUUGGCGGUGGUCAACCUGGAUACUUAACACAGCCUGGAGCUGGAGGACAGCCUGGAAUUGGCGGUGGUCAACCUGGAUAUGGAGCACAGCCUGGAGCCGGAACUCAGCCUGGAGUUGGAGGGCAGCCUGGAUACUUAACACAGCCUGGAGUUGGAGGACAGACUGCAAUUGGCGGUGGCCAACCUGGAUAUGGAACACAGCCUGGAGUUGGAGGGCAGCCUGGAAUUGGCGGUGGUCAACCUGGAUACUUAACACAGCCUGGAGCUGGAGGACAGCCUGGAAUUGGCGGUGGUCAACCUGGAUAUGGAGCACAGCCUGGAGCCGGAACUCAGCCUGGAGUUGGAGGGCAGCCUGGAUACUUAACACAGCCUGGAGCUGGAGGACAGCCUGGAAUUGGCAGUAGUCAACCCGGAUAUGGAACACAGCCUGGAGUUGGAGGACAGCCUGGAAUUGGCGGUGGCCAACCUGGAUAUGGAACACAGCCUGGAGUUGGAGGACAGCCUGGAAUUGGCGGUGGUCAACCUGGAUAUGGAACACACCCUGGAGUUGGAGGACAGCCUGGAAUUGGCGGUGGUCAACCUGGAUAUGGAACACACCCUGGAGUUGGAGGACAGCCUGGAAUUGGCGGUGGUCAACCUGGAUAUGGAACACACCCUGGAGUUGGCGGUGCUCAGCCUGGAUACGGAAUUCUGCCUGCGGGACAAACUGGUCCACAGCCUAGUGUUAGUCAGCCAGGCUAUGGCGUUGGAGCACAGCCUGGAAUUGGCGGUGGUCAACCUGGAUAUGGAACACAGCCUGGAGCUGGAGGACAGUCUGUAAUUGGUCAACCUACAUAUAGAACACAGCCGGGAGUUGGAGGUGGUCAGCCAGGCUAUGCUACUCAAGCUGGAGUUGGUGGGCACGCGGCAACGGGCGGUUCUCAGACCGACUACGGAACACAGCCUGGAUACAGCAUACAGCCUGGUUCCCAAGUACAGCCUGCGACUGGCGGAGGUUAUGGAACCCAUCAAAGGGUUGUUGGGCAACCAGGAAUCGGUGGUGCUCAGCCUGGUUACGGAGCUCAGCCCGUAGCUGGUGGAGGUCAACCUGGAUAUGGUACCCAACCUGGAGUUGGAGUGCAGCCUGGAACUGGCAGUAGUCAAACGCAACCAGGAGCUGGUAGUCAGCCCGGAAUGAGCGUUUCGCAGACCACCUAUGGACCACAGCCUGGAUACGGAACACAACCUGGAGUUGGAGGACAACCUGAAUAUGGAGCACAGCCUGGAGCCGGAACUCAGCCUGGACUUGCUGGUGCUCAACCAGGAGCUGGUAGUCAGCCCGGAAUGAGCGUUUCGCAGACCACUUAUGGACCUCAGCCUGGAUACGGAGCACAGCCUGGAAUUGGAGGACAGCCUGGAAUUGGCGGCGGUCAACCUGGAUAUGGAGCACAGCCUGGAGCCGGAACUCAGCCUGGAGUUGGAGGGCAGCCUGGAAUUGGCGGCGGUCAACCUGGAUACGGAACUCAGCCUGGAGGAGGAGGACAGGCUGGAGUUGGCGGUGCUCUACCUGGAUACGGAACUCAGCCCGGAACUGGAGGACUUGGUGGCUUGCAACCUGGAUACGGAACACAGCCUAGCGGUGGAGGACAGGCUGGAAUUGGCGGCAUGCAACCUGGCUACGGAAUUCAGCCUGGAAUUGGCGGUGGUCAGCCUGGCUAUGGAUCUGAAACAGGAGUUGGAGGACAGCCGGGUAUGGGUGGAUACGGAAUUCAGCCUGGAGCCGGAUUACAACCAGGUAUUGGUGGCCAACCUGGUGCUGGUCGUUACACAGAUGCCGGAACUGGUCUUAUUCCUGGCGUUAUUGGGGGAGUGCCUGGAGCUGCUGGCGUCGGCGGAGUUGAUGAUGCCUUCUCGCAGGCAGAAUCUGCUAUUGGCGAUGGUCAAGCAUCAGCCAGCGCUCAGGGCAAGAAAAAUGGAGGUACUGCAAAGACGCAGGUAUCUGGCAGCUACACCAAGGGCAGUUCCUUCAGUGCCAGCGCGAUGACCUCGGAUGCAGAUCGGGCAGCAAGUGCACAAGUCACCGGUAAUGAGGAUGGCGCAAUGAGUCAGUCUCAAGGCUCUGGCGGCCCCUCCCAGUCCCAAGCGCAAGUCCAACUUAAUGGUAAGGACGGCGGCACGACGGCUUCAUCACAGAGCGGGGGCAUCCAACAUCAGAGCCAGAGCGAAGUGCAGGCCAAUGAUAAGGGCGGACUGGCUGAUGCACAGUCCAGCGGUCCCGGUCAGACUUCAUCGCAGGCGCAAAUCGGCUUCCGUCCGGGUCAGGAUAAUAAUGUGGCCACUGCGUCGGGUGGCGGACAAGCCUCAGCGCAAUCGGGCAGCCACUCCGGCCAAAGCCAGUCUCAGAUACACGGCACAUCCAGCUUUGGCGUAUCCUACCAUGGCGCUGCGCAAUCAGCAUCAGGAACCAAGGAACAGGUGGCGACGUAUCGCGAACAGAACAGAGAACUCUUUAACACAAUCAGCCAGUUUGGCAACACGCCCAACGCAGUCACCGAUCGAGUUGACGCGGUCUACAGCGGCCCGGGAAUCACAUCUGCAUCCGAUAGAAUACCUGAACUGCAACUGAGGUCCUCAAAGAGCAGCAAGGAAGAAAUUGACAACAGCGAUAGUCCCAAGCUGGGACCCCAACCACCCCCAAUAUCCGGAGACGACGAGCCGGAGGAGGACGAUCUAGAUGAUGAAUAUGAUGAUGACGAUUACUACAGUGAGAAGCCCGUCAAACUUGAAGACGGUGCUAGCCAGCACAAAAGCCCGAUGAGCGGUGUAGCACAAGCUCCACCACCUGCCGCGCUGACCUAUACGCAAUCGUUGCCCACUCAAAAGCAGCAGGCAGUAGUGGCUAAUCCGAAAGCAGGUCCGUAUUCAGUGGUGCAGAAUCAGAACGGUCGCAUCCAUUCAUAUCCGGUGCGCACAACCACAGAGUCUGUGCCCAGCGGUUUCCGUGGCACCGUCAAUGUAGAGAAGAAGUUCCACACAAAGGCACUCGAGCUACACAACUCGGACAAGCAGAAGUUGAGUAUCAGUGCCGAGGAGGAUGGUGAUGUGAAUCCAUCGAGCGUGGCUCUAAAGCAACGUGCCCCAGACAGUUAUGUGACCGUCACCAAGUCGGUAACGGGCAGCAUGGACAACUCAAAAAAUCCGCCCCAGGAGAACAAAAACUUCCAGUCCACAUACUACACAAAGUCAUCAACUUGCGGCUAUUUCACCUUCUCCUGCAACAUUGUCUACGGCGCAAAUGGACGCAGUAAAAUAUGUCGCCCCAAGGCGCCGACGAAUGGCAAAUGCUAAGAGUGCCGAAUAAGUCAGUCGAUUAACUGGGGAUCAAAUCGUAAUCAAAUAAAUGUAGCUAACCUUUAACCUGUUUGUAUUUGCCGCAUAUUUGUAAGCAGCAUUUAAGUUUCUGCUAAUCAUUUUACGAUUCACUGCCAUUUCACACACUUCGUGCACAAAUUUAAAUUGCAAUUAAUAUUUAAUA